GAGGAGGAGGAGGAGGCCGUGCCUUGGAGCAUCAGCGGCUCAGUCAGUCCGCCGCCUGGCUCCGCGCCGUUCCGACCUCCGCGCCCUUCCCCUCGGCGUCGGUUGGCGUGCCUUACCAGAACGCCAGCUGCCUACCGCUCGGCGCUGGGUUGCGAAGGACCGUCGCCGAAGCUGGUUUCGCCUCCCUACAACGCUCUCGAGCCGGUCUUCAAGGGAAUUUGCCGCUUCUUCAGCGGCAUGAUAUUCUCCUGACUUCUGUUGACUACCCAGGAAACAUUCGACUGUCCUUACAAUGAUGAUUCGAGUUUUACCUAUCAUAAGAUGGGUUGCUUUACUUUUGCAAGUUUGUACGGUUUAUGCCAGUGUACAAAGUUAUGUUGACAUAAACUUGGACGAUGGAGUUGUUAAUGGUUAUAGUGAACGGGUACAUUUUAUUUCCACUCCAACUGCUGAUGACAACGGGAAAUGUGGAAAACAAGCAGUCAUUAAAAUAAAUAUUGGAGGACAAGUACAAGUUGUACACUUUCACCUAAAGUACAAUGUACCUCGUCUUUGGACGUUUCAUUUAUCAGAUUCUCUCAGUGCUGAAGGAUAUGGUUAUUAUGCUACAGAGGGUAAUAAUAGUACCAUUGAAAUGCAAGUUUUGAAUGAACAAAUGAGAGUGUACACAGCUUGGCCCAUGCCUACUACAGGAUCAUCGAAUGAGGGGAACGAACCAGGCAGCACUCACUCUCAGUGGAUGUUUCUCCGUGUUGUUGAUGAGACAAUCCAGAGGAGUAACGCUGUGGAACUUUCCUUCUCUGUGAAAGGAAACACAUUUCGUUGGCAUGAUGAUCGUUUGGCUCAUGAUUUCUCAGCACCUCCUGGUCUUUUUUAUGAUAAUGGAAUAAUAAAAGAUAAUAUUACUCUAUAUGUUGGAAUGAAUCGCAUUGUUUCUGGAAAUUGGAGAACAGGCUCUGGACUGUGCCAUCUAAGUAUAAAGUUAAUGGAACAUGAACAAGAAUGCAAUGCUGAGGAGGUAGGGUGUGAUGUUCAUGCUAUUUGCAAACCCAAUCGCAGGGGUUACCAUUGCUCUUGCAAAAGAGGAUGGCAAGGCAAUGGUACAGUUUGCCAAGAUAUUAAUGAAUGUUUACCGAGAAAUGCAGGUUGUGUUCAUAAAUGCCAUAACACAAUGGGAUCCUAUAGAUGUUCAUGCCAUUCAGGUUUUACUACAGAUCCCAAUGAUCCUCACAACUGCAUUGAUAUUGAUGAAUGUACAAUAAAUAAUGGAGGAUGUGAACAGAAAUGCAUUAACACUAUAGGAAGUUAUGAAUGUCAGUGUGUAAGGAAUGGUGUAACUUUCACCACAAAUCAAAAACAUUGUAGAGGAGGAAAUGUGCUUUGUUAUGGUUUUGGGUGUCAGCCAAACUGUGAAAUAGGCUAUAACAAUCAACUGAAGUCGUGUACAUGCUUGUCAGGGUAUAUAGUAAAUGUUACAAGCGGAAUAUCGUGUCAACGCCCUUGUUACAUUGGAAACGGAGGUUGUCAUCAUCAGUGUCAUGAUACAAAUACAGGCCCUGUUUGCUCAUGUCAGCAUAAAUAUCUGUUAGGAUUAGAUAAUCAUUCUUGUGCAGCAUCAUGUUAUGUGAAUAAUGGAGGAUGCCAUAAACGAUGCACAAACACAAACAUAGGAGUAAUGUGCAGUUGUCCAAGUGGUUACAUGCUAAAUAAAGAUGGGAAAACAUGUGACGAUAUCAAUGAAUGUGCAGCUGGGGAAGAUGGGUGUCAACAUAAAUGUGUCAAUAUGAUUGGCAGUUAUGAAUGUUUGUGCCCCCCUGGUUUUAAGUUGAAUCCUGUGGAUGAAAGAUCGUGCAUUGAUAUAGAUGAGUGUGAGGUUAAUGACACAUGCGAGCAUACAUGCAUCAAUACUCCUGGUUCUUAUAGUUGUGAAUGCACUCCAGGAUACGAACUCUUUGGCAAAACUCAUUGUGGAGAUAUUGAUGAAUGUGCAGAUUCCAAUGGAGGCUGCCCCCACAUCUGUGUCAAUACUCAAGGAUCUUAUUAUUGUUCCUCUCGUCCUGUUGACCAUAAACGUGUGAAGCUGGAAAAUGAAUGUGUUGCUGCUUAUUCAGCAAAUCUCAGGUUUCUGGUAUCGGGAAUACCAGAACCACAAAAGAAGACAUAUGGGCAAAGUUUAGCUAAGAAACUACAAGAGCAAAUAUCAGACUGUCACUUGCACUUUAAUAAAAUGCAAAUUAUGCCUCCUAGAAAAGUAUCAAACACUUUUGGACACGUUGAAGGACAUGUUUUUCAAGUGCACAUGGAAAUUACAUGCAAAAGUCUGAAUAAAACAAUUGCUUGCAAUGAAGAUUGCCAUUCCACCAAUGCAAAAGAGACAAUUUGUAGAACUUCUUCUGAACUCAAGGAGCGGUCAAAUAAAGAGUUAUCAGUUAUGAUUGAAAAUAGAAUUAUAAACAUUAUACCAAAGAGUUUGGCAUUUCGGCACUUUCAUUUAAAAAAUUGUGGAGGAAAAGGAGAGAGAAUAAGAGUACAAGAUUUAUGCUCUCAGUCACAACAAUGGAAGGAUGAAAACGGAAAGAAAUUGCAAAAACCUACACAACUUAAUGUUGAAGUACAGAAUAUUAUGAGUCAGAAGCUCCUCAGUAAUGUUUCUUCAUCAGUAUGUCAUUUGUGCCCCAAAGACACAUAUCAGAAUGCUGGAAAGCAAAAAUCAUGUAAAAGAUGUCCUGAAAAUUCAUUUACUGAUGGUAUUGGUUCAUUGAAGUUAGAUGACUGCAAACGAACAAAAUGCGAGAGUUAUAUGAGUGAGUUGAGUGGCUUCAUUGAAUCACCCAACUUUCCUGGAGAUUAUCCAAGUAAUGCAGAUUGUUCUUGGAUUCUGAAGCCUCCCAAAAGAAGGCGCCUCUUAAUAAUUGUUUCUGAACUUCAUUUAGCUGGAGAAAAAUGUCAAGAUUCAUUAAUGAUGAGGAAAUCAAAAUCUCCAUAUUCACCAGUUACUUUUGAAGCAUGUAGAUCUAUUACCAAACCAGUUGCAUUUGUUGCUCAAAGUAAAACAUUGUGGAUUAAUUUUCGAUCAGAUUCUACCAAUAACUCAAGAGGAUUUCAUAUUUCCUUCGUAACAUACAAUGAAGAAUAUCAAACUCUUAUUGAAGAUAUUGUGCAAGACAGUAGACUUUAUGCAUCACAAAAUCAUCUGGAAAUUCUUCGUGAUAAAAAAUUGCUUGCAGCUCUAAUGGAAGUUAUUGCUCAGCCAAUAAACUACUAUAAAUAUGAAAGUGAGAAAAGAAAAAUGUUUCCAAGUUCAUUCAUUCGAUUUAUGACUCCUAAAGUACGAAAAUUUUUCUCAUAUAGAUGACUGCAUUCCAUUUAUAAAUUGACUUUCGAUGCUGAGAAAUGUGUUUGACCAAAAUAGAUUUCCUUUAGUAGGUACCUAUUUUGUAGGUGUAUUUAAAGGUAUUUGUACAUAAGUUGUUUUGUGAAUAUUAUUGUAAGUAAAUAAAUUAU